UCGGUCUUCAGAAAACUAUAUUUUACAGUACUAAAAAACUGUAUAUCUACAUUCAUGCCAACAUCGAAUUGAACCCAUCAUAGUACAAGGAAUAAGCAGUAGGAAACACUAUCAGAACUCUAUGCAGAAUCCCGAUUUAAAAACAUUGAAUGGUCUUUUCACCUUCUUUAUUUUAAAUUAUGCGGAUGGACCACUUGAGUGGUGCUACAGUUCCUGCUGCCUCCUAAACAUGGAUGAUUUUAUCUUUUAUUUUUCGAAAGCGUCCAAUCUCUAAUGGCACUCUGAAUAAGUUCUGCAGAAAGACACUCGCAUGUUUUUGUAAAAACAAAGUGGUUCUACCUCCAGAGAAGUUUCCAUCUUCCCAUUAAAAAAACGCGUUUGCCUUAAGCCCAAGCCUAUAGUCUUUUUGGCCAAGCUCGAUGGAUCAAAGUGGGUAUGUCUGCAAAGGAAUGAGCAGAAGGUUCUUGGAAGCAGCCAAAUCAGGGAAAGUCCAAGUGCUUAAUGAGAUUGAGGAGCUGCAACGCGCUACUAAUGAGGUAACGCCAGGGGAAAACACGGUGCUACAUAUUGCCGCCUAUCAUGGCUCUCUGCAAUUCGUUCAAAAGUUGCUUCAAUUCUCAAAUGCCAAUCCAGAGUAUGGGAUGACAUUUUUAAAAGCUAAAAAUAUGGAGGGAAACACAGCGUUACACGAAGGGGCGUUGGGAGGAAAUGAGCAAGUCGAGGAAGAUUUAUUGAAGUCAUGCCCAGAUUUGGUGAAUGAGAUUAACAAAGCAGGUGAAACGGCUCUCUUUAAAGCUUGUGAGGGAGGUCAUCUCAAGAUUGUUGAAAUGUUGUGCUGUAGGACUUCAAGAGAGUACUACAAGAGAUUUGAUGGACAAACGGUUUUACAUCUUGCAGUCUCUAAAUUAAGUACAGAUGUAAUUAAGAAGCUUUUAGACAAUAAACCUGAACUUGCCACAGAAGUAGACAAUUUCAACCGAACUCCGUUGCAUAUGGCUGCCUUAUAUCAAUUUCCAGUUGCGAUGCUUCCAUGUUUUUUAAGGGAACGGAAGAAACUUCACCUGAUUGGAAAGAUGCUUAUUAAAAAUGAUAAUGGACUUUCUUGUUACAAAGUGGACCAAAACAAGCAGUCUGCACUUCACGUUGCAGCCAAAGAGGGGAACGCAACUCUAGUGAGAGUGAUAUUGAAACAGCAGCGACUGUCUGGAAAUGGUAGAAAUGCCUUGCAUCUGGCUGUGAAAAAUGCUGUUGAAAUAUUUGAGAGAGUUGGACAAGAUCUGAGAAUGAUAAUAUCCUCGGUAAUGUCACAAAGACUGAUUAAUUGCAUUGAUAACAAUGGGCAAACGGCAUUAGAUAUUGCACUAAAGAAAGGGAAUGAAGACCCACAACUUUAUAGGGUUAUUAUAAUUUAUUUAUAUGAACAUGGUGCUAUUAAGAAAAUAUUCGAUACGCCCUCAACAGCCAUCCAAUUACGUAUCAACCCAAGUUGGAACCCAGAUGCCAUAUCUGUAAGUGCAGUCCUAAUUGCAACAGUUGCUUUUGCAGCUGCUUUUACUCUACCAGGAGGCAUUGACACACAAGAGCACAGCCCACCAGCACCUAUAUUGAUUGACACAAACGUCUUCAAGCUAUUUGUGAUAUUUGACACAGUGGCCUUCUGUUAUUCUAUUGGUUCUGCGAUCCUGCUUAAUUUUGCAUUUCUAGUUGGCCGAGAAGCGGAUCACAUCUUAACUAAUAUGAGCUUGAUUGCGUUAUAUAUAGCACUGGUAUCAUUAUCAAUAACAUUUGGCGCAGCAAUACAUCUGGUUGUGGCAUCAAAGUGUUUGUGGUUGGCUGUGCUGGUGUGGGUUAUGGUGUGCCUUCUUCCAAUAUGGAUAAGGGUAAUGUCGCUAUUUGGAAAAUCUUACUUGUUCACUCCACUUGACCAACGUAUCAAAUUAGUGCUGCUUGGUUUCGGUCUUGUACUCGCUUUGAUUGUUCCCUCGGUUGCGAUAGCCACUGCGGUUUUCUAUGGAAUAUAUCACCCUUUGCGUAGGGUUUGGAAGAAGCUCCAUGGAAUCAAAUCUAAAGUUCACUAGAUAUGCAGUUAAAUGUAUUUCGUGUGGUGUUAAAUAGCAGAUAUCUUUGAAAAAAUUUAUAGCUAUUAGAAGGUUCAAAUAGUGUGAGAUUUAAGGUCAAGAUCAUUCCAAAAGUUAUUAUGUGGAGACUGAUUAGCAUUAAUGUCUAUUGGAUUUAUUUGGUUUAAUAAGUCUUUUUUAGCUUUUAUAUAUGUAAUAAAUGACAUUGUGGAGAUAUAAGUGAAUGUCAUUAUA